GCCCGCGAGGCAUCCCUCUUCUUCUCGCCCGAGUGGUGCCACGACGCGCUCGCCGACCCCCUUCUCGGCUGCCCAACCCUCCAGGUCCUCGCCCUUGGCAAGUGCCACCUCUCCGACGCCGGGGCCUCGGCCGUCGCCGCCGCUGCCCUCACCGAGCUCACCCUGUCGGAAACCUGCAUUUCCGAGGCCGCCCUUCAGAGCGUACUCUCCGUCUGCCCCGCGCUGCGCAGCCUCAUGCUCAAGCACGUCAAUGGCCUUCAGCGCAUCCGCGUCUAUUCUUGCCGGAGCCUCGUUCUGCUCGGCGUGUGGCACUACAAGUAGCUGAUGAGGAAGUGGCCCUUUUCCAAGACAAGGAAAGUCAAGCGACUGCAAGGGAGCGUGAGGAAGCAUCUGCUUUUGGUUCAGACAAUGGCAAAGCUGCGGCAAAUGCCCCAAAUGGCUCUGACAUGGCACCUCCAAAGCAUGCAGCGGAUGAGUGGCCUGAGCCGAAGCAAACUUACACAUUCUACUUUGUCAAGGUCCGCUCAUUUGAGGACCCUAAGCUGAGAGCAAAACUUGAGCAGGCUGAGAAGGACUUCCAAAAUAAGAUCCAAGCUCGGUCCAAGAUUAUUGAGGCUAUAAAAGCUAAGAAGACUGAGCGCGCUCCUGUUCUUGCUGAGCUAAGGCCGCUGAGUGCUGAGAACACGCAAUAUAAUGAAGCUUUUAAUGAGAAGUUGGAGGAGAUGAAGCCUUUCAGAAACCGUUUAGGCAAGUUCCGUGACGAAAAUAAUGCUAUGCGGGCGGAGAGUGCACGCUUGUGCUCUUCACUCGAAGAGCUUGAGCAUGAGAUCAAGAGAUUGAAUCACCGCAUAAGUCAUGAGCGCAUAUCUUUAGACGAGGAGAAGCGGCUGAUCAAAGAAAUUAAGACCCUUGAAAAAACCAGGCCGAAGGUCAGUUCCAAUGCUGCUAAACGAGCUAAAAUGCAAGAUACAGUUGUUGAAAGAGAUGCCAUACAGGAUCAGGUGAAAAUAAUCGGGGAUGGUAUAGAUGGAGUAAAGAAGGAGCGACAAGCGGUUAGGUCUAAGAUUAAGCUCCUGGAUGAUGAGAUGAAGGUUGUUGAUGGCGAGAUUUCUUUGCUUCAAGAAGAUUUAAAUGCAGCUACCGCCAGAAAGGAUAAAGCAUACGAGUCAUUGACCGAAUUGAGAAAAUUGCGUGAUCUUGCUACUGAGCGCGCUGCUAUUCUUGCUGAGCUAAGGCCGUCGAGUGCUGAGAACAGGCAAUAUAAUGAAGCCUUUAAUGAGAAGUUGGAGGAGAUGAAGCCUUUCAGAAACCGUUUACGCAAGUUCCGUGACGAAAAUAAUGCUAUGCGGGCGGAGAGUGCAGGCUUGUGCUCUUCACUCGAAGAGCUUGAGCAUGAGAUCAAGAGAUUGAAUCACUGCAUAAGUCAUGAGAGCAUAUCUUUAGACGAGGAGAAGCGGCUGAUCAAAGAAAUUAAGACCCUUGAAAAAACCAGGCCGAAGGUCAAUUCCAAUGCUGCUAAACGAGCUAAAAUGCAAGAUACAGUUGUUGAAAGAGAUGCCAUACAUGAUCGGGUGAAAAUCAUCGGGGAUGGUAUAGAUGGAGUAAAGAAGGAGCGACAAGCGGUCAGGUCUAAGAUUAAGGUCCUGGAUGAUGAGAUGAAGGUUGUUGAUGGCGAGAUUGCUUCGCUUCAAGAAGAUUUAAAUGCAGCUACUGCCACAAAGGAUAAAGCAUACGAGUCAUUGACCGAAUUGAGAAAAUUGCGUGAUCUUGCCAAUGCAUCCUUCCAUCAAAACCGCAUAGUCCUGAACAAAGCCAGGGAUUAUUCUUCUAGGAAUGAGGUGGAAGAAUUGCAAGAGCUUCACAAAACUGAGGUUGAUAAGUUCAUGACACAGUGGUGCAGCAGCAAGACCUUUAGAGAGGACUAUGAGAAGAGGAUUCUCACUUCACUCAAUGGACGACAGCUCACCCGAGAUGGCCGGACGAGGAAUCCUCAUGAGAAGCCCAUAUUUACCGAAACACAGCAGCUAGUAGCACAAGAGCCUGUCCCAUCGAAAGCACCUUUGAAACAAGCAAAGGAAGCUGCUGCUCCUCAAGUUGUCGCUCCCAAAGAAGAGCCCCUUGCAAAAGCAUCUGCCAAGUCAGCUAAGGUAAAUGCUUAUGUGGAUGCUGAUGAUGAUGCCUAUGAGGCUGAGGAGGAGAAGCCGAAGCCUAAAGAGGUUGAUGUAGCAAAGUUGAAAGAGAUCAAGAGACAGGAGGAAAUCAAGAAGAAUAAACUUGCUUUGGAAAGGAAGAAGAAGCAGGCCGAGAAGCAAGCAGCGAAGGCUGCAGCCCGAGCACAAAAGGAAGCCGAGAAGAAGCUCAAGAAAGAGGAGAAGAAAACCAAGAAGAAAACUGAGCCAGCUGAUACCGACGAGCCAACUGACUCAGACACCAAGUCUGAUGAGGCAACAGAAGCCCAAGCAGAGGAUGAGUUUACUCCAACCACAUUGAACAAAUAACAGAAGCAGAACGUACGGCCCAGGAAUGUAAUCACCAAGACCAAGGCCCCGCUGCCAAAGGCGAUCCUGAAGAGGAAGAAAGCCCAGUCGUACCGGUCAUGGGCCACCCCAGCCGUGGUGAUAUCUGCCGUGGCCGUGCUCGUCGCCCUGCUCGCGGCUCUGGGCUACUACCAGUACUACCGCCCAGCGAGCACCAGCAACUGAUGUGAGAGCAACAGAGUGCGUGGUCUGCCGAAGACCUGAAUGAACUGAAAAGACUGGAGAAGCUAUUCGUUUCUGUUCUGUUUGUUGGGUGGAGUCAGAUAAAAAGUUGCAGUUAAUUUUGGUUGGCACAGUUAAUUUCGACCGCGACUUAUACUGCCAGUGAACUCAGUUGUACUUUAAAGUGGAGAAUAGAUUGCCAUAUGAAAUAAGUAUGCAUGUAAACAUGCUGUUUGUGUA